CUUAAUCUAGCAAAAAGCCAAUUACAAAACUGCAGCUGAACUUCUGUUACACUAAACCUUCCACGAUUGUAAUCUGACUUUAUUGCGCUCUUGGCAGACUGUGGCAGCAUGUGACCAGCGCCAUCAUGGAUCGGGACCAACUGCGGGCCACUCAGGAGAAGUUUGUUCUGGAGGAAGCUCAGCGCAGAGAAGCCAGGGAGAGAGGAGACAAACCCUGGAUCCCACGACUCUUCCAUCAUGACUCCGUCUCCAGCGAGUGGACCUACAGGCACAUGGACGCGCGGCCGUGGGACCCUGAGCAUUGCCUCGUUCAGUUUGAGAAGGACGGCGUGAUUCAGACGCACGAGAAGAGCCAGAGACAACACAACGGACUGUCCUACAGCCACAGCUGGGCCGGCCAACAGAAGGCGGAGGUGAACGGGAAGCACAGGAAGGCCAGCAGUCAGCCCUCCAGCUGCAGCCAGAACACCGAGAGCAGCAGCACCACACCAGAACCCACACACGAGUCCUCGGACAAUGAAGGCUUUUCCAACCAGUGUGCACGGUGCAGUAAAGAGGUGAAGGACAUCGCGCUGAUAGAGGCCUCCAUCACGUCCAUACAGAAGACGCAGCAGGACAUCCAGAGGAACCUGGUGGCUCUGAGUCGUCAGCUGGCUCGUCAGAGGGCGACGGACGACAGCGUGUCACUAACCGGCCGCCACUGUCUCAUCCUCUGCGUCCUGCUCCUCUCCCAGCUCCUCCUCAACUACGUGUUCACCUGAGCCAGCUCCUCUGGGAGGAGUUCCCCCUCUGGCACUGAUCUGGCAACAGACGCCCUCCGAAAAGCACAGACUCCAAUCAGCAGAGGGCAACAGAGACCUCAGAUCAGUGUUAGGAGGGCAACUUUGUCCCUCUUUGUUUCCUCUCGGACGGGGAGGAGCACGGACAUUAUAGCAAUAAACACAGCCACAGCCACCGCCUGUCAGUCAUCUGCAGAGAGGAACGGCACCCCCUAGAGUAGCCAGACUGAAACAGCACCGGCACCCACGCACUUUGGACAGGAGAGGAGGGACGAGAGACGAGCACGGCUUCAAAGAUUUUAAACGAAAGAUGACAUGUAUGAAGAAGAAUGAUUUUGCAAAAAGAAAUGACAGAGAGGAUGUUUCACCAUUCCUUAGUGUCUUUUUAUAUUGCCCUGCAAUACUGUUUAUCUGUGUGUGUGUGUGUGUGUGUGUGUGUGUGUGUGUGUGUGUGUGUGUGUUGUUCGUACCUACAGUAGGCCCUAUGGGGCAGGCUGAUCACCGCUUGGACUUCUCCUACUCCCCUUCCACUCCAGAUUUUGGGCCUUAACGCUGAAGCCAAAAAAAAAAACAAAAAACAGAAGAAGAAGAAGAAAAACAAGAGGUAUACAAACGAAGAAGGAAAAUCUUCUAAACAGUGCAAUUGUGUGUUUUGUACCGACAUACGCUCAAAUAACAACUCUGUCUCGUCUUUUAAUGAUGACGAUUUUACCAAAACAGUAUUUAUAAUCCGAGAGGACAAAGAGUACUUGUUUACAGGGAGCACUGCAUGUGUCUGUAGUGACACAUGGGAAGGAAGGAUAAUGGGACGGAGGCAGGGCAGAGAGCCAAACAGAGUGUCUUUGUAUUUGUGUGCCUGUAGUGCCGUAACUGAAGGGAUGGUAGAGUAGCACUGCUUUGGUCUAGACCACGACACUAGUGUGUACAAUCAGUUACAUGAAGAAGCGCGUUGAGGACGGGACGGAGGGGACGACUGGUGGGAAAACAAGAACAACAUUUGGCCUCACGAAGGGGAUCGUGUGCAUCUUGGUCCGCACCGUGUUCAAGUGACUGUUUUAGAUGUAGGCUAAACACUUAGUAACGAGUUGUUUUAUUUCUUUUAAUCAGUUUGUAUAUAUUUGUCUGGCGGUCUGUUUCAAAAAGAGAUUUCAGAAUGUAUUUAUUAUGUCGCUAACUUCCUAAUCUGAAUCAGCCUGGAGGCCAGAGACCAGGGGUGACAAUCGCUCUCCCAGGGGUUGUGUGGGUCCGUCGUUCUGUCUGAGUGUGUGUGUGUGUGUGUGUGUGUGUCAGUCAGUGUAAUGCAGCGUGUGUGUGUGUGUGUGUGUGUGUGUGUGUGAAUAAGCCAUUACAGUCAUGCUUAAACAAAGCCAGGUCUGUGAUCUUGGUUUUGUUUUGUUUUGUUUUUUUACUGGUUUUUAAGUCCUUGAAUUUCAGUCUCGUUGCCAGAACUGAUCGAACCGACGCGAGAGAAUCGGAGAGCACAAGAAGGAAGUCGACUCUUUGAAUGCUUUUAUUUACACCUUAAUUUGUUUAUUCUUUUCAUUAUUAUCCUGUUUUCUACUCUGUUGCCAUGUUGUGGGGAUUCUACAUGCCAGAUGUUUUUUUUGUCACACGGAACAAAAAAAAACUACCGAGGAAUCGAUGACGCCCGACGUUUUCAUUCAUACCUGUUGCAUACUGUAGCACUACAGUAAAAGGUUUUAACCCUGA